AUGACCACCGAGAAUGAUGGACGCUCUAAAGAGGCUGUUGUAGUUGAAAACAUCACAAAAGUCCACAGAAUAAUUUUGGGUGACAGCAAAGUGAAGUUGAUUGAGGUAGCUGAGGUUCUAAAGAUAUCAAAGGCACGUGUUGGAAUACUAUGGUUUGUUAUAAUAGCCGUAGCCCUUGGACUGUCCAUUCAUUAUAUCUUGGAACUAUAUUACAAAUACGAGGAGAAUCCAUUCAUCGUCAACCUGGCAACUAGAGAAUCUCCAAUAUACACUAUACCAUUCCCAGCAGUGACCAUUUGUCCAGUGGUCAAAACUGAGAAGGAAACCUUCAACUAUACCAGGGUUGUGCAUAAGAUUUGGAACAAUGAAUCAUUGACAAGGGAAGAAUCGAUGAACGCCCAAUACUUAUCUUUAUUGUGCGAUAGCAUAGAUGGCUCUUACAAAGACCAACUUCCCCAAAACGAAACAUUUACAGAGGAGUUCUUUGGUCAGCUAGAUUACCUAAAACCAAUUCAGAGUAGCAUAUUUUUCAUAUGUCUAUUCAUGGGAAAGGAUGUCGAUUGUCGAGAUAUAUUAGUCCCAGUAGUACUAGACGAUGGAAUUUGUUAUACAUUCAACAUGUUGAACAGGGAAGAUAUAUACAAAAAAGAUAUUGUUCAUUAUGACGACUACCUCCAGAAUAAAAUGAAGCCCAACUGGACUAUCGACGGAGGAUACCCCAAAAGCACGGGGAGUGACACAUACCCUAGAAGGGCUCUACUGGCUGGUGCUGACAGCGCUUUAGACAUAUUCAUGUUACAACCAUCUGAAGAUACGGAUUACCUCUGCCUCAAUGAUGCACCUGGAUAUAGUGUUGUACUCCAUACACCACACACAGUUCCUCAGCUAAAGAAACAUUCGCACUUGGUCCCUCUGGACACCUCGGUUCAGAUCGUAGUUCAACCGAAAAUGAUGACCACAUCGAAAGAAGUUAAGAAUUACAGACCUUCCGUUCGACAGUGUUAUUUCUCUGAUGAAAGGUUCUUGAAGUACUUCAAUAUUUAUACACCAGAUAAUUGCAGAUUGGAAUGUUUGACGAACUAUACGUUGAACAUGUGCGGUUGUGUGAAUUUUUACAUGCCUAGAACCAACUCGACUAAAAUUUGUGGCAAUGGAAAAUUGAAAUGUAUGGAUGAAGCUGAGUAUGAGAUGAAGGAGAAAGAAGUAGAGAUCAUGCUGGAAAAAAGCAGUGACCUAAAUUCAGCUUGUAACUGCAUGCCGCUCUGUACAGAUCUCAGUUACGACGUUGAAACAGCUCGAACAAAAUUUCUUUGGAGAGAGCAGUUUAGAGCAGAGAAAAAGGUCGCUGAGGACUUAGAUUCGCAGAAAA